CCGCGGGGCGGCGGCGGGAGGAUGCCUCGCGCCCUGCCGAGGCGCCAACGGCCGCAGCGCGUCCCGGGCCGCGCCGGCGCCGCCUGAGAGCCGAGCCCGCGCUGACCGGGGCCCGGGCCGGAUGGGCGCUGCGGGCCGGGGCGCGGACCGCCGAGCGGCCGUUGUGACAUUUUUCUCUCAUCCCAGCUGUGUGGACAGUGCCACACGCCCUCCGAACAACAACGGCUCUUGCGUGCAUCUUUCAGUGUCUCUUUUGUCAGAGAGCCCAGCAGAGCCACCAGCCUUCCAGUGCCAGCCCUGAGCUGAGCGAGGAGUGCCCAGCCGAGAUGGUGAAGAUGACAAAAUCCAAAACUUUCCAAGCUUAUCUGCCAAACUGUCACCGAACAUACAGCUGUGUCCACUGCAGAGCCCACCUGGCCAAUCAUGAUGAGCUGAUCUCCAAGUCUUUUCAGGGAAGUCAGGGACGAGCCUACCUCUUCAAUUCUGUGGUGAAUGUGGGCUGCGGCCCUGCGGAGGAGAGGGUCCUUCUCACUGGUCUGCACGCGGUCGCAGACAUCUACUGUGAAAACUGCAAAACCACGCUGGGGUGGAAAUAUGAACAUGCCUUUGAAAGCAGUCAGAAAUAUAAGGAAGGAAAAUUUAUUAUUGAGCUUGCCCACAUGAUCAAAGACAAUGGUUGGGAGUAAAGUGAAAACUUUGUUCUCUUCCGAAUGCUAUUUUGUGAAAGAGACUGUAAGUGUAACGGAGGCAUCCUGGAUGACAGUAUUUCUUGAACUUGAACGUUACGGCGGGCUGGCCUCUCCCGGCCGUUCGGGUGGUAAGGUGUCCCUCCAGCCUUUCUCCUGUUGACGUACAUGGCUGUUUCUGAAAUGUUUCAAUGACCUUUUGCUAACUUCUCAAGUUCUAGAGAAAGAAUUAACCAACUGAUGACUUACCUGUCUAGUUAAUACCUUCUUUUAAGAUAGAGUUUGCCUGUGCUCCUUCAUGUUUCAUAGAAAACCAAACCAAAUUUCCGCAGACCACAGGGUUAGGGGCUUUUCGGGGAGCAAGCUCACGCCCCUCUUUUUUUGAGUGAGGGUACUGUAGGCCACUUUUUUUCUAAUUUGUGAAACUACAGAUGGGUUAUUCCUCUUGCAGAUGAGCUGUUAAGGCAUAGUGCUCAUUUAGGAAUCUUCCAGAAACAGUCAAGAAAUCUAUACACCAAGGGACCUUUUUUUUUUUAAAGCCUUGUUGAGAACUAGAAGACACCACUGAUUACAUUUUAGAUAAGCUAUAAAUAGAGAAAUCUGUCUAAUGGAACAUCUUGUUUAUUUAAGCCAACAGCCUUCUUAUCUAGAAAGCAAGCGUUAGCAAAGACUGUCCCAGAGGGCCGCAGGUGCGCAUGUGCGUAGGGCUGCAGUUCGGCAGGGCUCUGGAAGUGGGGCUUCUGUGGUAGUUGCUGACGGGGCGGUCCACGCAGUUAGAGGUUAACGCACUGGACCGAGUCAAAUCGGAUUUCCUUUUUUAUUCUGUUGUACUUGAAGAAAAAGAAUUACUUUUGCAUAUGAAAGAGGCCAGAACUAGCGGGAUGAACUUCCAAACUUGAAAUUUGGGAGAUUAUUUUAAAAUUUUUUUCAGGAAAGUCAAGUUCCAAAACAGAUUUAAACUUUGUAAAUGAAUAUGGGUCUCCCGUGCCCCACUGGUUCUGUCUCUUGAGCUGACACAGAAGGGACCUGGGCGGGCUUCUACGCCCCGUGUCUCUGCAAUGUAUUUUAAGUUCCGAUCCACCUGUGCCUCUGCAGGGAGAGGGCACAAGGCAGGGUUAUGGCCAGUUUUCAGAGAAUGGAGGCCAAAAAUCAUUCCCAAGUAAGUUUUGGUUUUCAAUAUUCUGACCUGACUCCGGCUGCUGGGCCCGGCCUGCUGCUCCAGGAGUCUGUUGGGGCCUUGCGUGUAGCAUGGCAUGAAACUCCUGAGACCCCGGUGCUGGGGGCAGGAAAAGGGCCCGGCAAGGCAGGGAGAGAGAAGGGCAGUGCACCCUGGCCCGCAGCUCUGAAACCACCUGCAGAGAAGGUCAGCCCAGGGGCGAGUGUGAGCUGGCCAGGGAGGGCGAGAGAAUGGCUUCCAGUCCCUGGGAGGUCCCUUCCCUCCCACCAGCCCUCCCCUGAGCCCAGAGCCCACGGCCCUGGCAGGCACUGGGCUCCCCUGACUGGUUCUGGCACAGCUGCUCCCCUAGAGCUUCCCUUUUGGCACCCUCUUUCUGGCUCAGAGCGAAGCCUUGGGAUGUGGGGAGAUGCGGCGCCCGAGUUAGCGUACGCACGUCUCCAAGUGUCAAGGGCAGAUCUUUGUACAGCUGUGUGAGCUUCUGCGCGUGCAGGUACUCCAGCAGGCUGCUCUUCCCCGAGCUGGCGUCCCCCGCAGAUUUCGGUUGUCCCAGCACAGUCCCCUUGUGUCUAAGUUCACGUUCAGCUGUACGGCCUUCAGGCGCCCGGGCCCGCACACGCGCGGCGCACUCGCUGCCAUGCUCCGAAAUCCGAAGACGCUUCGCCCUCAAGCUGGCCACGUGCAGCGUGGACAUCUGCGGCUUCGGUCCUUAGCGGCCACUUUGAAAGGACAGAAAGGCCCCUUCAUUGAGGAGUGAGUACUCAUCAUUGAAAACAUCGCCUAAACUGACGUUUCUCUUCUCGCCUUGGUUCCUCCGUGAGCCUCCGUGCUGCGCCCGAGGCCCGGAGAGGAUGAGGGCCGGGGGGUCCCGGGAGCGCUGAGGGCAGGGCUCCCGAGCGCUUCCCAAGCUCUUCACUUAAACUGAAGAAUCUUCUCGAAUUCUUCUGACCGAGUUUUGUGUAUACUAAACCUAUAUUUAAAGCUUUUGUAUGUUCUGGGCAAGUUUACUGCUCCUUCGAUUUGAGCACUUUGGUUUUUGUAUUGUCUUUUGUGAUGGCAUUGAAACAUUUUUACUAGUGGUCUUAGGCCUUACUUUGUAUAUUUUUUUUUUGUAAUCGAUACCAACGAAAACGCUUACCACCUUUUUUGUUGGUCUUCUGAGAAAUCCAAGCUCCUUUCGAAACCAAAUGAAUGGACUGUGAGCUGGCUUCAGGGAAGGACAUUCACGAGACCACAACCAGAUGUGCUGGUGAAGUGUUGGAAUGUUCCACCCUCUUAAAUUCCUAAACAGUAAAUAUCAUCCUGUGACUUUUAUUUAAAUUAUUUAAAAUAUUUUUUUCCUUAAAGAAUGGGAGGUGAUGCCAGGAUCAUAAAUGCAUUUAACUUAAACUAUGUAGUGUUCUCUGGCACAGCACAUCUGCUUUAGAAGUGUGGUUUAGUUUUGUUGCCAUUUUAUAUAUACAUAUAUAUAGUAUUUUUGUACCUAAUGCUUAUUCUUGAUGGCAUCUGUCAGAUAUUAGGCAAGAUCAGACAUGGGAAUUUUUCCAAAAGCCCUUUAAUUUACCUGAGGACCUCACCAGGUACUUAUAAAAAAUCCAAGUGGUUUUAAUAUCUAGAAAACUAAUUUAAGUUCCAAAACGACCUACAGCAAUGUAAACCCUCCUUUGUGAAAGGCUCUUGGGUGCACCUGCAGCCCAGGGUGGCCUGGCCGUCAUGCCUUGGGCCAGGUUGGUGUGGUCGCUGGGCACAGCUGGAAGGACGGACAGAUGGACAGCAGCCAGAAGGUUUGCCCCUUGGAGCAGGACUGCCACGCUCACAUGCACAAGCCUCCUUCAGCCUCCAUGUCCAGCCCUCUGUCCUCUGUGUCUUUGUGAGGUUGAAAAAUAAAGCUUCCACUGUCA